UGAAAACAAAAAUCCGCAUAAUUGUCUCACACAGUAGCAGCUUCUUCGCUCUCUCUGGUUUCUGAUCGCGACGAGAUAACGAAUCUCAAGCGCCCCUCUAUAUUUCACAAUCCGAUCCCAAGCUUCGAAUUCCAAUCACAAUACGUGCAGCCUCUCCGGCGACAAUUCUGGCGCGAAAUUGGUUUGAAAUCGGGGCUGGGUCAACGGUUCCGGCGAGGUGUUUGAUUCGAUUGGAUUGAUUUCACCACAAGACAGGUAAAACAAGAUUUAUUAAUAAUGGAUCGAAGUUAAAAGUUAGUUUUGGUGUGUGGAGUUGAGGCAAUGGCGACUCCGGUGGCGCCUCCGAAUGGUGUGAGAUCAGAAGGGAAGCAUUACUUUUCAAUGUGGCAGACGUUGUUUGAGAUUGACACGAAAUACGUGCCGAUUAAGCCGAUUGGGAGAGGAGCCUACGGCAUCGUGUGCUCUUCUGUGAACAGAGAGACCAACGAGAAAGUGGCGAUCAAGAAGAUCAACAAUGCGUUCGAGAAUCGUAUCGAUGCGUUACGGACUUUGAGAGAAUUGAAGCUGCUGCAGCAUCUUCGGCACGAGAAUGUGAUUUCUCUGAAAGAUGUGAUGAUGCCGAUUCAGAGGAAUAGUUUCAAGGAUGUGUAUUUGGUGUAUGAGCUCAUGGAUACGGAUCUUCAUCAGAUUAUUAAAUCUUCGCAGCCUCUUUCGAAUGAUCAUUGCCAGUAUUUCCUGUUUCAGCUGCUUCGAGGCCUAAAGUAUCUCCAUUCUGCAAACAUUCUCCAUCGUGAUUUGAAGCCUGGCAAUCUUCUUAUCAACGCAAACUGUGACCUUAAAAUAUGUGAUUUUGGGCUAGCACGUACAAGAAAAGGGAAAGACCAGUUCAUGACUGAGUAUGUUGUCACUCGUUGGUAUAGGGCUCCAGAGCUACUCCUGUGCUGCGAUAACUAUGGAACUUCCAUUGAUGUAUGGUCUGUUGGGUGCAUCUUUGCUGAGCUUCUUGGCCGGAAGCCUAUCUUCCCUGGCACAGAAUGUCUCAACCAACUUAAACUUAUAAUUAACAUCCUUGGCAGCCAGAGGGAGGAGGAUAUUGAAUUUAUAGACAAUCCAAAGGCGAAGAAGUACAUCAAGUCACUGCCAUAUUCUCCUGGGACGCCCUUCUCCUGUCUUUACCCCGAUGCCCAUCCUUUGGCCAUCGAUCUACUACAGAAGAUGCUUGUUUUUGACCCAUCAAAGAGGAUCGGUGUCACUGAAGCACUCCAACACCCUUACAUGUCCCAAUUGUAUGAUCCGAAUGGUAACCCUCCCGCUGAGGUACCAAUUGAUCUUGACAUAGACGAGGACUUGGGAGAAGAGAUGAUAAGGGAGAUGAUGUGGAGUGAAAUGCUUCUAUACCAUCCUGAAGCUGUUGCAAGCAACGGUCAAGUGUAUUCCUAAACAUCUUGCUUUAGCUUCGGCAAAAGAGGCCUUGAAGCUGUUUUUGGUGUGAAUAGGAAUGGUGAAUAUUUUUGUUACUGUUCCAGCUAGCUUCAUAUUUAUCGCUUCCCUCCUAAUAAUCUUGCAGCAGCAUGCAGCAGCAGUGGGUUUCCUCUCCUCGGACAGCUUGCUUAUAUGUUAUGAGCUACGGUGAGCCUCAGCCCUCUGCAUGUAGGUGGUGGUUGUUCAAGUUUUGUAUAUAGGUCUGUUGUUGUAAUUGUAUGUACUCUUAUGUAUCUGGGAGUUAUUUCCGUUUGUAAUUAGAGACCCCCGAACCACGUUGAUACUGUUUGAUUUAUGUACUGCACAUUUACG